UCUUGCUUUCAUAAUGGCAAAGGUAGAAGAAGAAAAAGGGUCAGCAGAUGGAAGAGAUGACUAUACCGAAGAUGGAAGUGUGGAUCUCAAGGGCAGGCCUGUCUUGAGAUCAAACACUGGAAGAUGGAAAGCUUGUUCUUUCAUUGUUGGAUAUGAAGUGUUUGAGAGGAUGGCAUAUUACGGGAUAGCAUCAAACUUAGUGCUGUAUUUGACGAAGGAACUCCACGAAGGAACAGUAAAAUCUGCAAACAACGUCAACAACUGGGUUGGAACAGUGUGGAUGACCCCAAUUUUAGGCGCUUACAUUGCAGAUACUCAUCUGGGUCGCUACUGGACCUUUGUUAUUGCAUCAGCCAUUUAUCUCAUGGGAAUGUCCCUCUUGACCUUAGCGGUUUCUGUGGCUUCCUUGAGGCCUCCAUCAUGUGGUCAUGAGAUCAAACAAGAAAACUGCAACAAAAGAGCUUCAGAUUUCCAGAAAGGCAUUUUCUAUUGUGCACUGUACAUUAUCGCAAUAGGAACAGGUGGAACCAAGCCUAACAUUUCGACAAUGGGGGCAGACCAGUUCGAUGAUUUUGAGCCUAAGGAAAGGGUUCAAAAGCUAUCCUUCUUUAACUGGUGGAUGUUUAGCAUUUUCUUUGGCACCCUCUUCUCCAACACUUUCUUGAUCUACAUACAAGACAAUGUGGGCUGGAGUCUUGGCUAUGGCCUGCCAACAAUUGGUCUCUUGGUCUCUGUCUUGGUGUUCUUGGUUGGAACUCCAUUCUACAGACACAAAUUGCCUUUGGGUAGUCCUUUUACCAGAAUUUUCCAAGUCCUUGUGGCUGCUGUCAGGAAGUGGAACUUGCCUGUUCCAAGCGACCCAAAAGAGCUGCAUGAGCUUAGCUUGGAAGAGUACUCAAAAUCUAAGAAAUUCAGAAUUGAUUACACCCCUUCAUUAAGAUUCCUCGACAAAGCUGCAGUGAGGAGCGGGCCAAACUCACCACGGAUGCUGUGUCCAGUGACCCAAGUCGAAGAAACCAAGCAGAUGGUAAAAAUGAUCCCAAUUUUGAUGGCGACAUUCAUACCAAGCACCCUGUUAGCUCAGGUGGGAACAUUGUUUGUCAAACAAGGAACCACCCUUGAUCGUAGGAUGGGUGCCCAUUUCGAAAUCCCUCCGGCAUGUCUCACAGCAUUCGUUACAAUCUUCAUGUUGAUCAGCAUUGCCAUAUAUGAUCGCUUCUUCGUUCCAACAGUGAGGCGUUACACCCAAAAUCCCAGAGGGAUCACAUUGCUUCAAAGAAUGGGAAUUGGCCUCGUCUGGCAAAUCAUCAUUAUGAUCAUCGCUUGUUUUGCUGAAAGGAAGAGACUUAGCGUUGUACGAGAGCAUCAGAAAUUUGGUAAAAACGAUACAAUUCCUCUCAGUAUUUUUAUACUCCUACCACAGUUUGCCUUGAUGGGGGUCGCUGAUUCUUUCGUGGAAGUCGCAAAGCUAGAGUUUUUCUAUGACCAAGCACCAGAUGGAAUGAAGAGCCUUGGGACCUCAUAUUUUACAAGCAGCAUAGGAAUUGGGCAUUUCCUUGGUAGUUUUAUUCUGACCACAGUUUCUGAUAUGACUAGGAGAAACGGUCACAGAGGGUGGAUCUUGGACAACCUGAACAUCUCUCACCUUGACUAUUAUUAUGCAUUUUUGGCUGGCCUUGGUUUCUUGAACUUUCUCUUCUACUUGUUUGUGGCCAAACUUUUUGUUUAUAACGCAGACAUGACUGAAGCUGAAAGGGAUUUGCAGGAAGCCAUGGAAACUUCAUUGGACAAUGCUCCAUCUAAAGGCCAAGCUUUGAAAACUGGUCCAAGUUGGUAAUAUAUCCCUUGUAAUUUCUUCUU